GUUGCAGUUCGACAGUGCGAGGCAAAGCACAAUGCAACAGUGACAACAGUGAACUGCCCGACAGAAGUAGUGUUUGGUAGUGCAGUUCAUGAUUCAACGGUUAUGUCAAUUGUGAUAUUGGUCCUGGGUACGAAUAUCACUCAGAACAGAUAGCAUUCGGUGUUACCAGUGCAACACAUAACCACAAAAUGUCGACUGCUGCCAUCACGCCAGAAAUGGGCGGUAGAGGGAAAACUCUGGAUGCGAACAGCUAUGCCACGAAGAAGACCAUAGCCCAGGGGAUGUUGGACAUAGCCCUACUCACAGCCAACGCCAGCCAGCUGAAGUACGUGUUACAGCUUGGACACCAACACGAGUUCUAUACCCUCAUGGUGUGGCUUAUAUCCAUCUCCAUAGUUCUGCAGGUUGCGUCCAGUUCUUUGGCUCUGGUGCUGACGACACUCAACAUCAACUUACCCGAGAAGCAACACGUGGCAGCAAUCUUGAACCAUACGGCACUUGGAUUCGUUCUGGUCUCCAUGGUAUCGGACGUCAUCAAGAUGAGCUUCGGGCUCGAUCCCGGACCCUUCCACAACAAAACCGCUGACGGAAAUCCAUAAAACGCCAUAUCUGUAUACAGUGCCGCUGAGUUUUUGGUUCUUUCAGAAGGAAAAUUGCGUGGAGAAAUGCGUCUCGCUUUUCGCGAGAGACGAGAUAGAGGCCGUUGUUUCCCAGAAGUUCGUAACAGCCACUGGGAAACGUCCCGUCAGGAUGGUGAUUAGUUUCAGAAAACGAGCUACGAAAUUUAUGUAAACGACGAGAGCUCUUUUUGUUUUGGAAUGUACAGAGUUUUUCCACACACACGUUUCGCUUCUGCAUGUCUGGUUGAGUGCUUAGUCCGCGUAAGUGUAAAUGUUGCAGGCUUGAUGUGAUAUAAAUAAAAAUAAACUACCACUGAUUUAACCGUUGUGGUGCUAAACAACUAUUUUUGUUUGCUGUAGCAGCUCUGUCUCGGGUAGAUACGUUAAAUGAAGAUGAAAAUGAACUUGAAAUGCAGGGACACAUUUCCCUACAAAUGUUUCUUUACUGCAUAAUUUAUACAAAGUGCCACGAAAUGUCAGAUGCAGUCAGAUCUAACAGUUUUGUGAAGAUCGUAAUUUCCGACUCUUGGCUGAUGCAGAGUUAAAGAAAUUUACCAUUUAGAUAAGACUUUUCGAUUUCAAAUAUUUCGCUUCACAUUUAGUGCUCUUGGAAUAUUAUUUUGAAAUUGAAGGACGGAUGGUGUCAGCAGUUCUUGUGCAAUAUUUAAUUGCAGGAAAUAUGCAUUUCAAACCGGCACAAAUGCUGUUGGUUACCUCCCUUUCAAGCCAACACAGGAGACCAUUAAGCUCUCUUACCUCAGUUAUUUAUAUCUUUAUUAGUUUUCUGCUUUAUUCCAAGUUGGUUUCAUUGCAAAUUUCUUUUUUACUUCUUAUUUUACCCAUAAUGUAAUGUUUGCGAUUUUUAAUUGUAGUUACGAAGACUGAUAAUUGUUACUCGCAAUUUAAAUAUAUCUUUUCGGUGUAAUUUUUUAUGUUAUAAUGUAACAUGGUUGUGUUGGACUGGAUCCAUUACACGCCCUGUAACAUUCUCUUUAGUUUGUAGACACCAUAUGAUGUCAGACACAAUAUUGGAAUAUGUCCCUUUAGCUUUAUAGAAAAUCGUGCAGCUAAUGCUGUAACCUCGCAGAAGUACUUCCAAGUAAAUCGCAAUGUUUUCAUUCCUGUUGCAGGAAAGUAUAUUUCUUUUUGAAAGUUCCGUCCAAGCCUUUACGUGUUCGGAUGGUAGUUGAAAUACACGCUACAAAGCUGUGUAAGACAGUUCUUCUAAUGAAAAAAGCUCCUUAUUAUAAAAAGAAUGUUACCUAUAUUUUAUUUCAUUAAAUCAAAUUAACAUGGGUAUCACCCGUGUGGUAGGAACGAGUUUAAUAAUCCCUUUUUGCAUACACUAGUUUUAGAUUAUCCUGUCGCGUGUUGCCUAUGCAGCGCGACAAAUAACUUUAAUUCAGUUCCUCAGUUUAAUAAAUUGGUGGGGGCCAGUACAUUUUUCUCCAAAUAUGAUGUAGAAAUGAAAGUAAAGCUAUCCCUCUAACAGGCUGUGGAGGCCCAUAGGGUUGUGAGCUGUUGAGUUUCCAACA